AUGGGAGGAGGUGAUCUAAAUUCCAAGAAGUCAUGGCAUCCCCAUACAUUGAAGAACCAGGAACAGGUUUGGAAGGCCGAACAGGCAAAGGCGUUGGAAGAGAAAAAACUUGAAGAUCUGAGAAAAGAAAUACAGCAGGAACGUGACAUGGAAGACCUGAAGAGGGCUGGGCGUGAGAGUGGCGUUUUGUCUGGUGGUCAUGAAGGCGACAAAAAGUUGGACUGGAUGUACAAAAGUACCCAUGAACUAAUAAAUAGAGAAGAAUACCUGCUGGGCCGCAAAAUUGACAAGUCAUUUGAAGCACUUCAGGCUGAGGAACAGCAAAAGGAGAAAAACAAUCUUGUGGGUGUAAAACAACCAUUGAAUCACGUGGAGCAUGAAUGUGUGCCGUUUUCGAUUAGAGCUUACAAAAACAUCCAAAGUACCGAACAGGUUGAUCUACAGCGAAAAUUCAUGGAAGAUCCGUUAAUGUUGAUUAAACAACGCGAAAUGGAAACCCGAAGAAAAAUACUUGAAAAUCCGGUCAAGUUGAAAGAGCUGCACAAAAUCCUGAAAACGGAUGAAAAAUUAAAGAAGGAAGCUAAGAAACCCAAGAAAUCGAAGAAAAGCAAAAAACCGAAAAAGAAACAUAAGAAGAGAAGUAAAUCCAGUAGUUCCAAUUCAUCGGAAAGUGAUUCCAAUAGCGAUAAUGACUCCGACAUAGACAGUAAGUUGGCCAAAAAACUCAAAGUUGGAUUACUUGACGAAAAGGAUUUUUUGGAGAAGGGGUUGAAUAUAGAUAAAAUUUUGGAUUCCAAAUAUGAAAAAAUUUCUCAAGAGUUGGACAAAGCGGCAAAAUCAAAACAUAAGUCAAAAAAGAAGAAACGCAAAGACAGUAGUGAAAGUGAUGACGAGGAUAACUUUAGAAAGGAAAAAUAUCAAGAUGGUAGGAAAGGACACAACAAACAUGAAUCUGAACAUUACAAUCGUCAGAAUGGCAAGCGGGAUUCAAGUGAAAGACGCAAGCGUUCACCUAUAAAGUCAUCACAUAAAAACCGUUAUAACGAUAGAGAUAGAUCGCGUUCAAAAUCAAUUGAUCGAACGCGUAGAAGAUCUAGGUCAACAUCUAGAAAUCGAAAUGUGAAACGAAACAAUAAUCGGACAGAUAAAUCUCCAUCGCCUGAUACUAAACGGUUUGAUAGGCGAAGAAAUAGAUCGUCUUCUUUAGAGAGAAGCAAUCGUUAUAAUAGAACUAAAAGGGAAGAUAGAUCGAGAUCGCCACGCAACAGACGUGUAUCUAGAUCUCCAUCCUCCAAUAGACGCACAAAUAGAUCGAGAUCACGUUCUAACGAAAAAUCGAGUCGGCAUAGAUCAUCAUAUAAAGCCCGGUCACGGUCUAGUUCACCCAGGCGCAGGGUGGAUUCACAGAAGUUUCCACAGAGAUCUAGAUCUCCACGCCGUUCUCCUAAAAGCAAUAGGAAACUGUCACCCAAGUCCUCAUCCACUGCCGCCAGUACGCAGCGGCCAUCGGGCCGCCUAACCGAUGAAGAAAAACAACAACGAUUGAAAGAAAUGAUGGCGAAUGCAGAGUGGCGCGAAGAAGAGAGAUCACAUGCCGUUCGAAAGCACCGUGAAGACUAUGCCCGCGAGGAAGAACAAAACAAGAAUAGAGAAUUCGACAAGGAUUUCCUAAACAAAGAAGUUAAAAAGGCAAUAGCUAAUCAGACAUCGGUCGGUUCCCGCUUGAGAGCCAACCUUAAUAAUAUUCAACGAACGUCGUCGUCUAUGAAUGAUAAUUUCAUUAGAAAAUAG